CUCUAAGCAACACAAUCCUCCAGCCAACCCCUGACACCAUGGCCUGCUGCUCCACCAGCUUCUGCGGAUUCCCCAGCUGCUCCACCAGUGGGAACUGUGGCGCCAGCUGCUGCCGCCCCAACUGCUGCCAGACCGGCUGCUGCCAGCCCAGCGGCUGCCAGGAUAGCUGCUCCCAGCCCAGCUGCUGCCAGCCCAGCUGCUGCCAACCCAGCUGCUCCCAGCCCAGCUGCUGCCAGCCCAGCUGCUGCCAGACCAGCUGCUGUGGCUCCGGCUGUGGCUCUGGGAGUGGAAUUGGAGGUGGCCAGGGUGGAGCCCUGAGCUGCCGCAUCAGGUGGUGCCGCCCAGACUGCCGCGUGGAGGGCACCUUCCUGCCACCCUGCUGCGUGGCGAGCUGCACACCCCCCACCUGCUGCCAGCUGCACCAUGCCCAGGCCUCCUGCUGCCGCCCAUCCUACUGUGGACAGUCCUGCUGCCGCCCAGCCUGCUGCUGCUCCAGCUGCCCACCACCCUCCUGCUGUGAGCCCACCUGUUAAGAGCAGGCCUGCUGAUUCUCAACUUGAAGUUUCAAGUUUGCACUCAGGCCAGGAACUAAUUAUCUCUUCAACCACUCCUGGAACACUAACAAAUCCUUGACCCUUUAUUUGGCUUUUGUUAUGGGGGUUACCAAAUAGUUGGGACUCACAGAACUAUGUUUUCACUCCAGAAAGACUUUGAUCUCUCCUCUGAGGAAAACACAGAUUUGACUGAAGAAAUGGGAAAACCAUUUGUGAUCUUCUGCAGAUAUUUGACCACACUCUCCGAAGCUCAUUGAGGAAGAGCCCAUGGAAGAACUAUCUCUUCUUCUCAGAUACUUUCCCCUCUGCUACUUCACCAUCCUGCAAAUUGUUCCUCUUAUGGAAGAAGAAGAAUAUGCCAAUAUCUAAUAAAUUAUAUCUAAUGGUGCA